UAUCAAAGCCCUCCUGUCUUGUUGUGACAGCUCUGAUAUUGUUUAUUGAGGUGGAUGUCAGGUUUAAUUAGCAAUCGAUAUGGAAAGCGUUUGCAGACCGCGCCUCUGACGUCAUACUCGAUUACCGUUUCUCAUUGGUCUCAAAUUCCCAAAGCCUAGGCUAAUUAUUGGAAGGUUCAUGUUGAUAAAGUACAGCUCAUCCUUCCCUCCACAUCAUGUCCCCUCCUCGCUGGCCACACUCACUGCAUGCUUUUUAAAUUCACAGCACCAGCCUCCAGACGUCGUUUCCUUUUGCCUAGGAGAUGAUGGACAGCAGGAUACUGGAUCCACCUCAUGCCCAGUUCGGAGGCUCUCUCGGCGGGAUGGUGGGCUUUCCGUACCAUCUAAGCCACCAUCAUGUUUACGAAUUAGCCGGUCAUCAACUUCAAUCUGCGGCCGCAGUUCCUUUUUCAAUAGACGGAUUACUUAAUGGUUCCUGCACAGCUUCAGUGGUUAAUUCAAACCCCCUCUUGUCUGGCUGUGGUAUGAAUGGAGAUAACCAGCAGUACAAGUUGACAGAUUCGUGUGACCCAGACAAGGAUAGCCCUGGUUGUAAGAGACGACGUACUCGUACAAAUUUCACUGGUUGGCAACUGGAAGAAUUAGAAAAGGCUUUUAAUGAGAGUCACUAUCCCGACGUGUUCAUGAGGGAAGCACUGGCUCUGAGAUUGGACUUGAUAGAAUCGAGGGUACAGGUAUGGUUCCAAAAUCGUAGAGCUAAGUGGAGGAAAAAAGAAAACACAAAGAAGGGUCCAGGGCGACCAGCUCACAACUCCCACCCAACAACAUGCAGUGGAGAGCCCAUGGACGCGGAGGAGAUCGCCAGGCGAGAACUGGAGAGGAUGGAGAAAAAGAAGAGGAAGCAGGAGCGAAGACUGUUGAGGUCCCAGAAUAAACUUUUGUCAGGGGACCUAUUUCACACCCCAGGAUCUGACAGUGACAGUGGAGUGUCACAAGUGACAGACAGUGAACAAAAUCCACAUUGUGACUCUGUAGGCCGAAACCAAACCCAAUCGAGCUGUGACCAAACACCACAAACUCUCCAGAACCAAAGACACUUGAACCAAGAUGCUGGUGGAUCCGAGCUGGACUCGUCCGACAGCAGUCAACAGUCAAGCAUGUGCGCCAACAGCAGAGCCUCCACCCUUCAGAAGCUGAACCCAUUCAGCGUAGAAAGCCUUCUAUCCGACUCCAGACCAAGGCGCAAACCGAACAUAGAUGGAUUUUCUGCCUUACCUUCUUCGCGGCCUUUGAUAGGGAAAGGACAUUUCUUACUCUAUCCUAUCACCCAGCCGCUUGGAUUCCUUGUUCAUCAGACUGCUUUGAAGACAACACCACCAGACUCAGAUACUGACAACUCCACACAAAGAACCCUAGUGAAUGACAGCAGCUUAUCUGCCAAUACUGGACAUAAAAACCACAAGGAGUCCAACAAUCUCAACGACGCAACAGCAAUCAAAGUGCAGGUCAACUUUACCGCGAAAAAUACUAGUUCCCCACAGAACAGCCCAGGCCUUGUUACCUUUUCCAGUAGCAACUGUAGUCAGCCUUCAGCCAGUUGUAGUGCAACAUAUUUCCAAGAUGAUGAUGAUUCAAAGUAUCUGCCAUUAGACAAAAAAGAGCAGUCUGUAAAAGACUACCCAGAGAGUUCCGAGUCUGUGACAACCAACUGUCCACCAGAGACAAAGACAGAGACUCAAGAUGUCGGUAUGGAAUAAUAGACCUAUAGGUGAGAAAAAAUAUUGAUAGCGUCAACAACACCUUUCAUUUGCCCAAAGCUCAAUCACGUCUUAGAAUAUAAACUUUCAUUUCAAAGAUGACAUAUAUAGCCUAUUUUCUGAUGAUGAUGGGUUAUAACCGUGUGUGUGUU